AUGGCUUCUACGAAGCAGCCGCAACAUGACCUCGAGUCAAAGCCUGCUGAGAACUUCAUCGAGGUGUUAGGUGACGAUGAAAAGGGUGGCGGCCCACAGCCAGGAGCUGAUUUCUCUGGUGUCGUCAAGAAGACGUCAGCUGAGGUGAUUGCCCUCGUCCGCAAGCUCGACAUGAGGAUCAUGCCCAAGCUCUGGUGCGUGUACUUUCUGAAUUAUCUCGACCGAAAUGCAAUUGCCCAGGCUCGUCUCGACGGUCUCGAAGAUGAUCUCAAGCUCGAAGGAUCCCAGUACAAUACUUGCAUCUCGAUUCUAUUCGUGGGCUACCUCCUUAUGCAGAUCCCAUCCAACAUGCUUAUGUCCUCGAAACAUGUCCGACCUUCUCUCUAUAUGGCUGUGUGCAUGAUGGCCUGGGCCGGCGUGUCCGCCUGCGCCGCCUUGGAUAGAAACUACACCGACCUCGUCGUCGUGCGCUUCUUCCUCGGCGUGACUGAAGCACCAUUCUACCCCGGCGCCAUCUACAUGUUGUCCAUCUUCUACACCCGCAAGGAGAUCGCCAUGUCCUUCUCAGGCCUCAUUGCGGCUGCCGUAUUCAACACAAUCGACGGCAACCAAGUCCUAAAUGGCUGGCAAUGGUUAUUCAUCAUCGAGGGCUGCCUCACGUUUGGUAUCGCGAUCAUCGGCAUAUUCACGCUGGCCGAAAACCCGCUGACGACUCGCUAUAUCGCCUGCUUCUUGUUCGCAAGUGGCGCUAAUGCAGUGAACUCGAUGAUAUUGGGCUGGGUCUCAGCUACCCUUGGCUCCACGCCGAAGAAGAAGGCGGUCAGCCUUUCUAUCGUUAAUGUUGUAGCGAAUGCUUCAUACAUCUACACGGCCUAUCUGACGGACCACGUCAUGGCAAGCAACGCCGCGUUUGCUUUCGCUUCCAUUGCUGGCACUUGGGCCGUUACGCGUGUGGUUGAUCCAGAUCAAUAA